AUGAAGCUUAUCGAUGGGCGUCACCCCACCGACGAAGACCCCAUGGAAAAGGGACCCUAUCAUUCUGACAUCCAGCCGAUAACCAAGGAAGAGCGCGAUACGCAAGUGCUGGCUCGACUUGGUAAGCAGUCCGUGCUCGAACGGCGCUUUGGAUUCCUCAGGAUUCUUGGAUUUACUUGCACGAUACUGAUUACCUGGGAUGGAUCCCUAACUUUGUUCACGACUGGAUUGACAAACGGAGGCUCUGCUGGGCUCGUAUAUGGCUACCUUCUGGUAUGGAUUGGGACCAUUGCUGUUUUCACAACUAUGGCAGAGCUAUUCAUGGCUCCAACUGCGGGUGGCCAGUAUCAUUGGGUCUGGAUGCUUGCCCCUCCACCGUGUCGAAAGUUUCUCAGCUAUAUCAUGGGCUGGUUGGUGGUUUGUGGAUGGCAAGCCAUUCUUGCUGGAGGUGGUUACCUAGGUGGUAGUAUGAUCGUUGCGCUGAUCCAAUUGAAUCAUGAUGAUUACGUGCCGGAAUUGUGGCACGGAACGUUGCUCUUCUGGGCAAUAAUCGUUGUUGCCGUAUUCAUCAAUACGGCGCCAGCAGCAUAUUACCUAAGAUCGAAAUCUUUACCUUGGCUGUCCAUGUGGUUGGCUUCUUCGCUGUCCUGA